AUCGACACACAGACAUGGAACAGAAUAUUCAACAUUGAUUCUGGAAAUGGUUCGAUUUUUACUUCGAAAGUUCUUGACCGAGAAACACUGCUAUGGCACAACAUUACAGUGAUAGCGACCGAGAUCAAUAAUCCAAAGCAAAGCAGCAGAGUGCCUCUUUACAUUAAAGUUCUGGACGUCAACGACAACGCCCCGGAAUUUGCUCAGUUCUAUGAGACAUUUGUCUGUGAAAAAGCAAAGGCAGAUCAGUUGAUUCAGACCCUACAUGCUAUGGAUAAGGAUGACCCUCAUAGUGGACACCAAUUCUCCUUCUCUUUGGCCCCUGAAGCAGCCAGUGGCUCAAACUUUACCAUUCAAGACAACAAAGACAACACAGCGGGAAUCUUAACCCGGAAAAAUGGCUAUAAUAGACACGAGAUGAGCACCUAUCUUCUGCCUGUGGUCAUUUCAGACAACGACUACCCAGUCCAAAGCAGCACUGGGACAGUGACUGUCCGGGUCUGUACAUGUGACCACCAUGGGAACAUGCAGUCCUGCCAUGCAGAGGCCCUCAUCCACCCCACAGGAUUGAGCACAGGGGCUCUGGUGGCCAUCCUUCUGUGCAUCGUGAUCCUACUAG